AUGGUUGUAGUUGUGCAGCGCCCUAUAUCACUUCACCGCUUCUCUCAGAAUGUGAAAGAUGGGAAGUCACAAUUACAAAGGAGAUCAUUCACAAUCUCCUCUUCACUGCCUGAGACAGCGGUUUCAGUGGCUGUAGCUGCAACUUUUGUUGGUGCAGCAGCCACUCUUCUUGUACAGAGAUCCAAAACUUCUGAGUCCACACAAUUAAAGAUUGAACUCAAAGAAUGCGAAGAUUGUGGAGGUUCUGGCGUAUGUUCAGCCUGCAAAGGUGAAGGAUUUGUGCUUCGGAAACGUUCCGAUGCAAGUGCUCAGAGGGCAAGAGAUCUAUCUAAAAACAUGGCUACUCGAUUCACAGACGGGCUUCCGAAGAAGUGGAGCUACUGUACAAAAUGCUCUUCUAGCAGAUCAUGUUUAACAUGUGGUGGAAGUGGGAAGCUAAACUAA